UGCACAGAAGGCGUCAGUGAUCAGACCAAAUCUUUGCUUGCAUGUUGCAGAAGUAUCCUCCUGCUCAAGGUGUUCUCAGUGAACAGAGGUGUCAUUUAUUCUCUUCUUGGAGCACAGCACUUGCACAGCACUGCUAAAAUGGCUGAGCCAAUCGCUGCUGCAGUUUGCACUGUCUAUUCUAUGGGUUAUUCUGGCUAUUAUUUGACCCAUCUGGCACGUCACCUCACAUAUGGAUGGAGAGAAGCUGAUCCUUCAAGCACAAACCAAACAUCAGCACCUCCUCAGUCUCCCUCUGUUCCUGGAGAAGAGGCCAAAGAGGAGGAAAAGUCCAACCACCCUCCGUCUGUUGCUGCACCACAGCCUGGACAACCUGAAUCAAGUGCAAAACCAGCAUUAGAAGUUGUGCGGUCUCCCUCGGUUCCUGGAGAAGAGGCCAAAGAGGAGGAAAAUUCCAACAACCCUCCGUCUGUUGCUGCAUCACCACAGCCUGGACAACCUGAAUCAGUCCUGCCAGAAGAAGACCAUGGGAAGAUUGCUUUGUUAGACAUGCAGACUCAGGGAGAGCUGUUUCAAACCCAACAGCAGCUAGAGCAGCAAGAGGAAGAGCAGAGAGAGAAUGGGCAGAACAUCAAGACAAAACCGCAAGCACAGCUGCCUGAAGCUCAGAGGAAGACCAAGGCAGCUGAGGAGAGACAUGAGGAAGAAACAAAAAGCAUCCAAGAUGAAAUGAAUCUAUUUCAGCAGAGCGGGGAUCUGCAAAACGAGAUGAGGGAAACAGUGGCAGGAACUCCAGUCAAGAGACUUUCUCUCCCCCUCUGCUUACAGAACAGCAGGGAAAAGCUGCAAGCAGAACUGCAGAGAGCUUGGAGUGAGAUCAAGGCCAUGGGAGAAAGGCACGAGGAAGAAAUGAAAAAUAUCCAAGAGGAUGUGAAUCUCCUACUGCAGCAGAAGGAGACUUUACGAAAGCUGGUGGAAGAGUUGGCGUCUCAUCUGGCAGCCCCCAAACUGUCCCAGCAAGUGAUUGGCAACAGAGCUCAGCAAGGUCAGAGGAACGGACAGGAACGGCCAAGGGAGGAGGUGCUGGAGGUUGAGCACUUACAGAAGAUGAUGGAGGAAAAGAAGACUCAAGAUGAGGAGAUCUACAGAGGCGAACCUGCCAGCGAACCCGUGGCUGCAGCAGCCCCCUCUAAGGAAGCCUCCACUCCCCAGCCUGAAAACUUGACAACAAGCAGUUGGCUCAGCUCAGGCCAGGUGGAAGCUUUUCUGCAAGACAUGGUAGAGGAGGCGUCCCUGAACAUACUGAGGAGAAUGGUGAGCGUGGGAGAUCCUUUGCAGAAAUACAUUGAAUUGGAAAACAUUGGCAGUGGGGCUUUUGGAGCUGUUUGUAAAGCACUUGACACUGCUACUGGAGGACAGGUGGCCAUAAAGAAAAUCAGUCUUCAAGAAACCAGCAAGGAACUAACUCUUAAUGAAAUCGAGGUCAUGAGGACAAAUAGGAAUUCCAACAUUGUUAACUAUUUGGACAGCUACAUUGUGGAGGAGGAACUCUGGCUGGUCAUGGAGUACGUGGAUGGAGGCACUUUAUAUGAUGUUAUCAGUGAGACAUGCAUGUCUGAAGGACAGAUGGCAGCUGUCAGUCGGGAGUGCCUGCAAGGACUAUAUUUCCUUCACUCAAAUGGGGUGAUCCACAGAGACAUAAAAAGUUCAAACAUUCUCAUCAGAACAGACGGAUCUGUCAAGUUGGCUGAUUUUGGCCUCUCUGCUCAGCUCAGCCUUGAUCAGAGUUAUCGAAACUCAGUGAUUGGGACUUCUUGGUGGAUGGCACCAGAAGUUGUGAUAAGCAAACCAUACGGUCCCAAAGUGGAUAUAUGGUCAUUUGGCAUUGUGGGACUGGAAAUGGUGGAAGGAGAAGUUCCUUACCAGAAUGAAACAUCUGUUCUGGCUCAGUACUUGAUAGCCACCGGAGGGGCACCCAAGCUGAAGAACCCCAAGCAAGUUUCCGCUUGGCUGCGUGACUUUCUGACCUGCUGCUUGGAGACAGACCAGGACAGGCGCUGGUCUGCCGAGGAACUCCUGCAGCAUCCAUUUGUAGAAUCAGCCAAGCCUGCCUCCAGCCUCGUGCCGCUUAUCACUGCAGUGAAGAAGUGGAAGGAAGAGACAAGACUCCAACAACCAGUCGAGGACCAUUUUCUUCAGUGGCAGCUCUAGGCAGGACUCAGAAUAAAAACUCCACGA